UUUCCCCAAACCCUAAUUCUUCUCUCUCUACAAAAAGUUUCUCUCUCUACAUUCAUAUACAUACAGAUUUCCGCUUACAUGCACACUUCUCGGAGCUGAUCAUCCUCUCUCUCUUCCUCGAUCGUGCCAUCAUUCUCUCAGCUGCAGAUUCAAAGUACAUAUAUCAGUCAUUCAGUCGCCAUUUCAAUCUCUUCAUGUAAUAAUAAUCCAUAAAGUCAAAGAUCCAUUCUCGAUUCACCGAUCUGCAACUGAUCUUCACGAUUUCUUCGUACAAACUGUUCGUCGCAUGCUUGUAUUCACUAUUCAUCAUCGGAGUUUACCUCCGAUUUGAUAUAAAUGAUAUAGAUCUGAUAACCGUUACAUGUUCCGAUGAGUUUGACGUCCGUUAACGGUUUGCGGAAGAAGUCGUUAUCGUUAACGGUGCUAGUGGUGGUUGCCUUCGUUGUUACAGGCACGUUAACGUUACGAUCCGGUAGCAUUUUGAUGGAGCCUCUGAGUACAAUUGUUGUUGCAAAGAGUACAACCUACAACAGCAAGCUGCAUCGCAAGCUUCUUCAUCAUCAUAAUCAUCAUCAUCAUCAUCAUCAUCAUCAUCAUCACGCAAAAGUACUGGAACCAGACCGAAUAUGGGGAGACAAAUGUUCUAUGUCCGACAUUGUCAUCAACCAGGGUCCCACAGACCCCCUUCCAAGUGGCAUUCCCACUUACACCGUCGAGAUCAUGAACGUUUGCACCACCGGCUGCGACAUCUCCGGCAUCCACCUCAGCUGCGGUUGGUUUAGCUCCGCCAGGCUCAUCAACCCACGCGUCUUUCGACGCCUACACUAUGACGACUGCCUUGUUAAUAACGGCAAACCGCUAGUUAAUGGCCACACCAUCUCAUUUCAAUAUGCCAACACGUUCCCUUAUCAACUCGCUGUUUCCUCCGUUAUAUGUUGACCGACCAAUCGGUUUCUAACACGUACCAAGUCCAGUUACACAAGUGGCAUUAUGAGAUGUUUAAGUUAAGGGUCCAAAAUGAGACGAGAGUUACCUUGAAAGUGAAAGCAAAGAGGAAAGAGUUUAAAUGUAGUUCAGUUUGUAGCUAGGGGAGACACUUGUACAUGAGAUGAUUAGAUCUGAAAUUUUGGUAGCGAGAUAUAUAAAUCAUAUUACUAUA